AAAUGUAAACCUGGAUAGUGAACCGGCAUUUUCUAUUUCCUUUCUUCAAAACCUUGUGGUCUUGUUGAUUGAUAUUUCAGACUUAGUGGUAGAUUAUUCAACGUUCUGUGUAUUGUUCUGCACCGGUGAUAAUAACCCCACUUACUAGGAGCACUCCUUGCAGAACUGGACAUGGCGCACUUUGUGUACCCAACGGCCGCUCCCAUGGCUCAGUCUGCCCCUCCGGCACAAGCCUAUCCUUCGGCACAGAGUGCAUAUGUAGCUGCACCACCCCAGGCAGCUGCAUAUGCAGCGACGGCAGCUCCAUUGAGAGCCGGGCAGACGUACGAGGGCUAUUCUGCUGCAGCUGCUGCAUCUGCUGUCCACCCACCCACCCAGUAUGCGUAUUCAAGAGCACAGGUUGCUGUGACGCCUACUGUGACCUACGACCAGUCCAAGGCUUAUUAUCAGCCUGCUGCGGCGACAACAUACACAGCCGCCACAGACCCACAGUUUCAAGCAGUUGGCAUUUCAUUACCUCCAGGGAAGCCUGCAUUCAGCACAGGGGCUACGUUUGCUGGGGCCCAACGUCCCACGGCCGUAGCCCCUAAAGCACAGGCGAUACCCGUCUCAUCCACGGGUACCAGCUAUGUUUACUCCUCCACCACUCCGACAGUAACAACAUACUCCACUGCGGGCUACACCACAACGACAACCCCUCAAACAAGCAUUUCCAGUUAUGAUGCAGCAUUGUACUCUGCUGCCACCAGUUAUUACAGUCAGCAACAGCAAGGCAAGACAGGAGCUUCUUCCUGGAUGCUCAAGAAAGCUGGUACUGGGAAUCAGUUCAAGCCAAAGCCAAAAGGACCUCCCAAAGCUCCACAGCUUCAUUACUGUGAUGUCUGCAAGAUCAGCUGUGCUGGUCCUCAGACAUACCGUGAGCACUUGGAGGGACAGAAGCACAAGAAAAAAGAGGCGGCGUUGAAGACGACCCAACCCACAGGGAGACAACCUCACAAUCAAAUGAGGUGUGAGCUGUGCGACGUGACCUGCACUGGACAGGAUGCUUAUGCUGCUCACAUUCGAGGAGCUAAGCAUCAGAAGGUGGUUAAGCUGCACACUAAGCUUGGUAAGCCCAUUCCAUCUACGGAUCCUGUGGUGACUACUACUGCGAGUAAGCCGACCGUUGCCAAACCGGCGCCAGGGAAGUCAGUUGCUGUUCCAUCACCAACAGCAGCCAAAAGGGUUUUGGCUACACCCAAAAUUAACUUUGUUGGAGGGUCUCAGCUUAAGUCCACCGGUGCAAAGGCGGAAGAGGUUAAAGUGGGCGUUGCUACAGCAGCUGCUGCGACGACUACCUCUGUGGCGGUGACAGCAACAGACACUGCCACGCCCAUGUCUGAUGAUGAAGGUGAUGAUACUGGAAAUGCUGCAGCUGAGAAAGAUGUCACUCCAGUUGGUCAUGAGUAUAUUGAGGAAAUCAAGAAUGACAUUGGAAAGACAGUGAGCUUUAACUGUAAGCUUUGCGACUGUAAAUUUAACGACCCUAAUGCGAAGGAAAUGCACCUGAAAGGAAGGAGACACAGACUCCAAUACAAGAAAAAGGUUGACCCAAAUUUGCAAGUUGAGGUCAAGCCAAGCAUUCGAGUCCGCAAAUUGCAGGAGGAUAAAAUGCGUCGUCAGGCACAAAAGGAAGAGUACUGGAGGCGAAAGGAACAGCAAGAGCGUUUGCGAGAGGAAAUGAGAGUAGAGGAUGAGAUCUACUGGGGUCACCGCAGGCUAGAGAUGAUGGGUGGACCCAUCCCCCCAGAGUUCAUGGAAUGGCAACGGUUUGGCCCCAUGGGCCCCAUGAUGAGGCCGCCUUUCCCUAUGCACCCCAUGAUGCGAAGGCCUGAUUCUUCUGAUGACCGCCACGUCAUGACAAAACACCAUAGCAUUUAUCCUACUGAGGACGAGUUGCAAGCUGUACAGAACAUUGUCUCAGCAUGUGAAAAGUCUCUGAAACUGGUCUCUGACUUCCUGGCAGAAAGUGACACCAAGGACAAGAAGCCAGAAACAAAAGAUUCUCCUGCCAAAGCUGACACUAUAGCUGAUACCGAAUCCGAGAAGGAUGGCGAGAAGAAAGACGAAGGGACGUCUAGUCGUGUGCUGAAGGGAGUGAUGCGUGUUGGUGUGUUGGCCAAGGGACUUUUGCUGCAUGGGGACCUCAAUGUGAACCUGGUAGUGCUGUGCUCGGAGAAGCCCACUCGCACCAUGCUGGAGAGAGUGGCUGAUGCUUUGCCCAAACAACUGGCGACGGUGACAAGUGACCAGUAUGAAGUUCGCCGAUGUGUUGAGGAGGCUGCCAUCAUUGUGAGCAGUGACACGGAGCCAGCAACAAGUUGCACGGUCACUCUGACCUCUCCCAUUAUGCGGGAGGCCAAUCUGCCUGAUGGAGAGACGGUUAGCGUCAAAGACCCGCCGGAUGUCCUCGACAGGCAGAAAUGUCUUGAUGCUCUAGCUGCUCUGCGUCAUGCUAAGUGGUUCCAGGCUAGAGCAAACGGGCUGCCAUCUUGUGUGAUCAUCAUCAGGAUCUUGCGUGACCUGUGCCAGCGUGUCCCCACUUGGGCUCCUCUCAAUGAAUGGGCAAUGGAAUUACUGGUGGAGAAGUGCGUUAGCACAGGCGGGGCCAACAUGGCGCCGGGAGACUCUCUCAGGCGUGUCUUUGAGUGCAUCUCUUCUGGUAUUCUUCUGCCAGCAUGCCCUCCGACUCAUAGCAUUCCGCCAGAUCCAUAAAGUUAUGGGAAUGGACCCUCUACCAGCUCCAAGAUUUUCCGCCAAACGUUUCAACAAUCGCAAACGCCGACAUACCAGUAGCACGGGAGAGGAAGGUGCUGAAAAGAAAGACAGAAAGGAAAAAGAGGUUGAGGCAACUUCCUAAAGAAAGGUUUCAACAGUUCUGCUGCAUGACCUCCUGUGUUCAUUAUCUUUUUAGUAUUGAUGAUACAGUUUGUCUAGAAGGGGAUGGAGAGAGAAACAGUGCCCCAUGUGGAACUCCCUGUCAGGUUUUGGUAUGAUUCAUCAAGUGAAUCUCAUUGUUGAAGACUAGAUACUCGUCCUUUGCAGUUCAUUACGUCAGUGGAGGACACAUGGGGUUCUCUGUACAUAAAGGAUCUGUUACUUACUGUGUCAUACAUUCUGUUGUUUCCAUUUUUGAUACUAUACUACUUCAUGCUUCAUUGUUCCCUCGCCCCAGCACCCUUUGUGUUUGAGCCUGGGGGCUUUGCUUGCCUGUUUUUUGGAAUUUCUUUUGCAGAUGUAUGUUUCUCUUCUUAUUAAGUAUUAAGUGCAGUGACAUUGCUUUUACUUUAGGUCCUUUUGAAUGAAGGGCUAGUGUGUGUACAGUUAAUUUUCUAAGUGAUAAAGCACAUUGGUGGAUUCAAACAUGCCCUACUAGGUUGGCUAGUAUUGUUUUCCUAAUGUUAAUGAAGGUUUUAAGUGUCAAGAAAACUCUUGGAAGAUGAAUAUUCUUUUACAAAGAUUUGUUCCAUGGAUAGAGUCAUACAGUGAAAUGUAUUUAUCCGUAGAAGUUGUUUUCUGUUUUGUGGCAUGUAGGAGUGGUGGUCUGCUGUCAGUGUGCUCCAAGGUUGAAGCAAGUGGCUCCCAAUGGGAACAAGAAGGGUAGAUCAAACAGAAAAAACACAAGAUAAAAAGUUUUUCUCUAACAUUGUACAUGAUGUGAGUGUAGACAGUGGGCUAUGGGCUGGAAGAACAGAACUGAAAGAAGCCACUGAAACACAUGGUCAGGCAGAGGACAUACAAAUGUCUUUUUCUGAACCAUGAACAGAAGCACACCUCCGCAUGGGUUGUACUCACUUGAGUUGAUCUUCGGUUAAGUUGAUCUUUUUAUCGGGUCCUAGCACCUCUUCUUCUUUACAGUUCCCAAAGGUUGAGUUGAACUUUGGGUGAGUUUGUCUUUUUUCACUCCCCUAACGAUAUCAAACUCAUCCGUAUUCGACAGUCUGUGUGUGUGUGAACCAAACAUUAUCUUAAGCAUACGCAUGUUGGAGUCAUUUUGUGGUUUGUUCAGUCAUACUGACACUGCCUUGCCCUCUUCGCUUAUUGGGAGUGCCUAAACUAUGUCUCCCCAUUUAUGUUGAAAACAACUCAUGUCUAGAUAUUUUUUCAAAAGCCGGAGGAAUGACCAUACAGCUUUUUAAAUUGUAUAUAUGGAAUUUUGAAGGGUGGUAAAAACUUUUUAAAAGUUUUCAUUUCUACAUAUGUACUCUAAAGUGGAGUUCUGGUAACAGUUUAGUUUGUGUUUACUUCUGCCAUGUCGUAUCUUCUUGGAGAACCAUGGCUACUGUUGCUGCUUUUGCUGUUUUCAAGUCGAUUUAUGUGACAACAAAAAUUUCUGUCUGGUAUCAUUUGGUAUAUAUUGUGACCCAUUCCCAUAGACCUGUUGUGUAAAUAUUUUUUUUAAAUAUUAGAAAGCUCACAGGCUAGUUGCUUUUCAUAAUGUCUUCACUCGGCCUCUACAAAGGUUUGAUGUUGUUGAAUAAAAGUUCCAGUAACUAUA